ACAAACUAAUACACACUGUCUCCAUCAACCUAAAACUUCUUUUGAGUAUGUAUGAUUACAAAAAUAGUAAUGUGCAAAAAUAGGACUUUUAUCAUUUUCGGAAUCGAGUACGAAACAUAACACCAACUAUACGUUAUGUAAUAAAUUUCUCCCACACGCUUGUGUACGUGUUCGGGCUUUAGCGUGGUAUAUGAUGAGCCGUUCACCGGAUUGACACAUCGAAAGAUGGCGACUGCCGGCCCCUUGAGAGCGAAUGCUACCGCUCCAAAGUUUGACUCCAAAAACCUGGAAAUAAAGACGAAAUCGAUAGAGCAGACACUGGUUCCCCUUGUGACACAGAUCACCACCCUUGUCAACCACCGAGAGAAGCCAGGCAAGAAGUCGGAGAAGACCUGCAAGGCAAUUGAGCGUGUUGGCCAGGCAGUCAACCUUGCCAUUGAGCGGUUUGUGUCAGUUGGUGAAGCCAUCGGAGACAACAAUGCCGACAUCAAGGACGAUAUGUUUGACGCCUGCAGAGAGGCUAGGCUGGCUGGUGAGAACAUCGCCAAGCUGACAGACAUCACCUACGAUGAGUCGGGCCAGGUCAUGAGCCCAGCUGACAAAAGCGCGAUGGUGCGAGCUGCCAGGGGCCUGCUGUCAGCCGUCACCCGCGUACUCCUGCUGGCCGACAGAGUGGUCAUCAAGCAGAUACAGGCCGCCAAGCUCAAAGUGAUAGACAGUUUGAACAAGAUCGAAAGCACCAAGACUUUCACAGAGUUUGUUCAGUGCUUCAGCCAGUUCGGAAAGGAGAUGGUGGAACUAGCUCACCUGACUGGCGAUCGGCAAAAUGAUCUGAAAGAUGGCAAGAUGAAAGCCAAGAUGGCAGCUGCCAGAGCGAUACUGGAAAGAUCCACCAUGAUGCUCUUGACAUCAUGUAAGACGUGCCUUAGACAUCCUGACUGUGUUCCCGCCAAGGAGACCCGGAACGGCGUGUUUGUCAACAUGCGACGCGCCCUCAGCCUGAUUGACGAUGUCAUCAACGACGGCUAUGCCCAGCCGGUGCAGAACGGCAUCGCCUCGCCCAGGAACACAAACAAUGCCCUGCAGGAGCUGAUGGAUCUGGUGGAAACGGCCAAAGUCACCCAGGCCGACCGGUCCACCAGGGACAAGAUGCAGUGCGUGCUGGACACGGUCAUCGACACAACGCAGGACUUCACCGACUCAGCCUACACGUCCCACGAGCACCGGGAGCGCAUCCUGACCCUGCGGGACAGGGCUAGGACGGACCUGCGCACCCUGGCUGGCGUGGGCACUGCCCUGGAAAAGAAGCCGAACAAACAGCAGGAGCAGGACCUGGAGAUGUGCGUCCAGCAGAUGUCCAAGACCCUGCUGGACCUCAAGAAGCAGCUGCAGAACACGGCGCUGGACCAGGCCUCGGAGAUCUUCCGCUCCAGCGAUGACCAAGACCUCCUAGCCAACCUCAAGCAGAGGGGAGCAGCCGGGGAGUUGGACAGGGUGGAGGAGCACGCGCUGAAGUUCAGCGAACACUCGGAACAGCUUCAAGAGGCAUGCAGGUUACUUGGCCACAUUGCUGGUACAGUGCCCUUGGCGAUAUCUGCUGAUUAUGCAGAGAACAACAUCAAAUCAUUAGGUCCUCAAAUUGUUGCCUUGGCAACCACCCUGGCAAUUCAUCCGAGCAGUAAGAUUGCCAAGGAGAGCCUGGAGGUCUUCAGCGACACGUGGGAGAGCCAGGUCAACGACCUCUCACUGCUCGUCAAAGAAAUUAAUGACUGCUGUCAGGGCAAGACAAGUGAAAAGCAAGUGUAUCUUUCAUUACCAAGGCCAGGGUAUAUUCCAGUCAGUAAACACGGCUCCACACCCAAAAGUAUCAAACCAGCCAAGCUUGAUGCAGAGGAGCAAGCCAAGAUUGCCAAGCUGGGUCUGGAGAUGAAGCUCAUGACAUCAGAGCUGGACGCUGAGACGGACAAGUGGGGCGACCAAGACAAUGACAUCUUGAAGCGGGCCAAGAACAUGUCCAGCAUGGCCUACUCCAUGUACCUCUUCACCAGGGGAGAAGGCAUGCUGAAGACCACUCAAGAUCUGUUCAAACAGGCGGAGUAUUUUGGUGAGGAAGGCAACAAGUUAUUCCGAUCCCUCAAGCAGUUUGCUGCCCAAGUGCCUGACGGCUCCCUGCGGAUUGAGCUGUUGUCCCUGGUGGACCAGAUUCCAUCGUACUGUCAGCAGCUUCUCUUCAUUACCAAGUCUCCCACGAUGGGCAAGGUGGCAACCUUCAACAAGGUGGACAACACAAUACAAGAAACGCAAAACCUUUUGUCGACAAUCAGUAGAAUUGUGCCGCUGUGCUACACACUGGCAGCCAAGUUCCAGAUCUUAACUCCAAUAUCGCCUAUUCACCGGUGGCGAACAGCGCCCCCUAGCGUAGACUAUCGUUACAACAGUUACGAUGACAGUGAUUCCAUCGCCAGCUCCAGCAGCAGCCGUUCAGACCGGUCUCCGCUGCCCGGAAGCACUGAAAAAAUCCUGUACUGAAGACGGACAGUGAACAGCUCUCGGGAAAGAAAUCUUUCCUUGGGUUUCCCGUAGGAGGGGUCUACUUCCCCAGCUGAUGCUUGGACAACUUUGUGCAGAUUGGUCCUUGAAAGGUGCCUGGGAGUGAUUCCUGUGGGAGAUUUCUCCAUGCUGUGCCAGGCACAUCCGUGUGGAAUGGAUGGGUUUGUUCCGGCAAGGCUCCUAUAUAAUAUACCUGUGGAUUGAUUUCUGCACAUAGAAUUUCUGGUUUCCAGCAACAAGUUACGUCUGGAUGUACAUGUAUGUUAUGUCCUUUAGGGAUUUGUCAGAACAGAUCAACAGGGGGAAAAGUUGGGGAUAUGCCUGAAUUAAUAUAAUGUAGAAUUUUUGACUGUACCUCAUUGAAACAAAUCAGACUAGAAUUCAUGCUGGGAUCAUUUUCUAAUUGUGCCAAGGAGGACCCAUGCACAUGUAGGAAUAUUUCUUGGGCAGGUCCUGAGGAAUCGUGGAAAAAGUUCUGGCCGGACUGAUCCAUAUGGAAUGACUUCCUGGCUGUUGCUUCUACAAGGAGAAAACAGUCAUUAGCAUGCCAGCUUAGCUGUACAGACCUAUGCAUAGCAUUCUGAAGUUUUGCACGUCGACAGACUUUGGUGUGGCUGCGGAAUUCACUCCAACACUGUGAUGGAAUUCCUGUUUUAAAAUAAUGGCGAUGAUUCCAGAUUCAUCUGCUCACUAAGAAGAGACUCGUGUCUCUGUGGGAAAGUUGCUGUUGGAAGACAGAUGAGAAUUAUACCCAGUACGAGUAUUUGAAGGAAUCAGCUUCUACUUUUGUUUAGCAUGGAGCUACAGAAUUAGAGUGCAGGGAACCUGUGCCAAAUGAUUUGCAGUUUCUGUUUGACUCAUCUGUGUGGGAGGGGGUUGACAGGUUUUUUUGUAAGGUGUGUUGUGUUUCCUUUACUGUGGUCAGUCUUAAGUCCUUGUUUCUUGAAAACAGGAAGUUGAUUAUUCUAAAGUUGAUAAAGGGGGAAAAAUGAUGGCAAACUACUUACUAAUUACAAUGACCUGGAGUACUAGUUUACAAAACUUCAAAAGUUAGAGGACGUGGCAUUUUGAUCGCUGCAGAAUAUAUGUCCCUCAAAGGCAACAGGAGCUUCAGUGUCAAGAAUGUCCGAGUUAGUUUGGGAGCAUUGACAUUUCCUUACACAGUGUCAGAGUUGAUGUUUGGAAAUCCAGCAGGGUGCCCAAUGAAAAUACACAGAAAAAAUAUCAGAGACGGGGUGAAAUUAUUCAACGUCUGAAAAAGAGUUGGGAGAUGAGAGUACGUACUCUUUACUUUGGUUUGCAGUAUUCUGCAACCAAGUUGCAACAUGGCCUUGUAUAAAGGCCCAGAGACUUAGUUUUAACAGGACUGAACACCUAGAUAGCUCAAGUAUCGUGUAUUGAUGUGCCACUUCACAAGAACUGACUGUCUUUGUGUCAGUUUAGGAAUCCCAAAUCAGACCUGAAGUGUAAAGAUGCAACCAAAGUUCCUGUUGUAUUUUUGUUACCUUUCUUUUAAUAUCUCUCUCUCUCUUGGUGGAUUUUUUUGUUUAUCCACCAAACCAAGCCUGGCAUUCAACAUACGGAGUCAGUAUUCUGGUCAGAUAUUGUCAAGCAGCAUUCACUAAGAAAUGUCUCAAAUUUCUCCCUUCUCUAUAAAGCUGAUGAUUAGGACCUACAUGUAUUUCUUGAUCACCAAUGAAGUAUCACAUUAUCUGAUCAAGAAAAACAGCCUCAAAAUAUUGACAAAUUCGUAUUGCCUCUGCACCAGUACCUAAAGUAUUGUAGGUGUACAUACUCUAAUUUUUUUAAAGUGGUAUCUGUGUGCCAUGGUGGUGAAACUUUGAUUUUUCAGUUCAUGAGAGAGACAAAAAUAAAGAGUACAGAGAUGAUGGUGCUAAUUUAUUCUGUUAAAUGUUUACACAGGGAAACUGUAGACAGUGUUCUUGUAUGAAUAGUAGUGUACUUGUAUAGGGCACGGCACUUUUCCAAAAUGCCUUUCGCACUGGACAGCUGAGGGGAAAUUUGUGUUGAUUAGCUCAGUAGAAAAAGUUUGUGUCACAUAUUGCCGAAGCUACAUGUAGAUUUUUGUUGAAUGCUUGAAAGUCUUGAACAGGUACAUGGAACAUUUCAGUUGGGUAAGGAUGAUUUGGGCAAUGGUGUAUCCAGACAUAAAAAAUGUAAAGGUUAACAGGUUGUUCAAGCAAAGUGAAGGUCCUUUUUCUGAUUCACGGGAGAAGAUUCAGUUAUUAUUAUUACUUUUUUUUUUGGAGGAUGAGGGAUCUUUUCCUCACUUCCCCCAGCAGUGGACUGUGUACUUGUGAUGUACACAAAUACCACAAAGCUAUAAAACAGACUUGCGCAUAUUCAGAGGAGGGCAAGAAAGCUGUUGACCCAACUUAACCUAACCACUCAGCAUUUCUUUGCAGGGCCGGAGAUGUGCUCCAGUCACCCACUUAAUGCCAGUCAAAAUUCAUAUGACAUCUCACGAAUGGAAGUAAUGGGAGAAACGGUGAUGAACGACUGCCUUCGUCACAGCUUCUGUUGAUAGCAUGUGACUUGAAAGUGGAUUCGCUCGUGACUUAUAUUGUGACAUGGUGAUGAGAUGACUUGAAUCCCACACCAAAUUUUCUGAGCUAAAAUGCUCUGCAGAAUGUGCCAAAAAGAACUGUGGAAUUAGCAAUUAGGCCCACUUUGAGCAAUGUGAGUUUCAUAACAGUUACUUCUAAGAACCUGCAGUAUCGUCGUUCACAGUUUGACAUGAUUUUGAGUCUUAGUUCUUCCAUAUCCAAAGUGCCCUCUGUUACCAAGGAUAAUUAGACUGUAUUUUAGUAACUAUACAACCUUCACAACAGUGGCAUCUUCUGACCUCUCAGCCCUAAACAAAGAUAACAUGGUCCUGCAUUGUACAGUAGAUUAAAAUUGGCAAAAAUCUGACCUGGAAGGAUGUCUUUCUGAAGAUGGGAAAAGUACAUGUAUCUUUUUUAAGGACAAAAGGCGAGGGUAGGUAAUUUUUGGCUCUGAAGUUUCCAAUCCAAGCACAGGCAGUUUCUUUAGCCAUACCAGCUUGAAUGAGAAAUAUGUAGUGUGCAUCUUUAAUGGAAAGAUUUGCGGGUGGAUUGCAUGCCUAAUGAGCCUUUUGUGGUACUGCAUAGUGUGUAGCAGGCCAAGUCUACGUCUGAAGUGGAUUACUUUUGAAACUAGACACGGCUUUUAUCUUUGCCAUUUGCAUUGCUGCGACACUAAGCCACAGCUUUAGGCAAAAAUUGCCACCAGAGCCUGUGUCUUUGCCUCAUUUUUUAAUAUCUGCAUGCAGUACAUGUACAUGUAUGUCGAAUUUCUGUUGUACAUUUUCAUUGAGCCAGUGGCAGUGGCUUGCAGGCUGAAAGGAUAAAUCGUACUGUAACUGUACAUGUAGUUACUUGUGAGUAGGUUGCCUAGACUCCACAAAACUUACAACUUCAUGGAACUAUGAAUCAGCGUAUCAAGUGUAGCUUACGUCAACAACGUACUUAAACGUGGAAAUUCAUCCUCAUGACAUUUUUAUACAGUACCUGUACAUGUUCACUUCCCAUUUUUUUGAAUACAUGCGGUGCCCAGUUGAAGUACUAAAAUGUAAAAUUUACAGUGUAUAAAGCAAUAUGUAAAUUAUGGAAAAACAGGCACAUUUUUAUGAAGAAAUCUGUCGAAAAUACCAAAAAUAUAAAUAUGAAUAUUUGUAGCUUGUAAGUUGUAAGUGUACGCCAUUUGCAGAACUAUUGUACAAAGGGAUAUCUUUAUUGUAGCAGAGAUAGUCAUUGAUGUAGUCAACGGUAGCACAUAUGCUGUGGGGCUUGUGCUAUUGGUUUGUAUUGUAGUACUCUUGCCGUAUGAUAACGUGUAAUGAUCCUGAAUGUGUGCUGGAGUUUUUGGGGUGUAGAUGGAGGUACUUUCCAACCAAUGCUCAAAGUAGUAAAAAUUUGGACCUUGCCAGAUGUGAGGUUGACCAUGUCAACUUCGCAAGUCACUAUUUGUUUGACCAGUCUUGUCAAAAGGUUAGGUAGUGAGCUUCUUGUUUAAUAGACCGAAUCCGCCUGCUAAGUUACGUAACCUACAGUGGGCAUCAAACAACAAUAAACAUGGUGUCCUCCCAUAGCCAAGUUUUAAGCCGAUUUUUGAUAUGAAUGUAGUACUUGGAAGUCACUGAUCAGUAGUCUCUAAACUGCACCAACCAUUGGCUUUAUUUUUGUUUGAUACUCACUGUCCCGGUACGUCAUGUGACUUAUCAUGCCCAGUUGGUCUAUUAUAGUUGAUUGCCUGCAAGGUGAUUGGCAAGUUUGCCGAUUAUUUGCUUUUUAUGUUAUGCUAUUUUUAUGUUGAAACAGACAACUCAGAUACACAGGGAAUUGCAUGUGAUUUGGUAGCAAUUUGUUUCCUACAUCUACUAAAUGUUCGGUUCAGAGACCAAAUGAAGUCCAGGCAUUAGGGUUUCAGAGAGAGAAUUACCUCUUGAAAAGUACUAUUUCAUGGUUUACAGUUAUGAGUACUAACCUUACUGAUUUGUGUUUUGUCACAAACAUAUUCCUGGCGUAUGAAUUGGUGGAACAUCUUGGUUUUACCCCAGCAGUGUAAUAUUUGGGGGCUUGCUUGGAAAGUGGCAAAUUGCUUUCCAAAGUUGCCACUUUUCCUUUGAAAAGGCUUGGUUGAAAGGAAGAUCCUUCCUUGAAAACUCCAGUUGAAAUUUUGGUAUCCUUCAUUGAACACUACUCUUUCCAAGAAAUUUUUGGAAUUCAACCCACUUUAUGGCGUACAUGUACUUAAUUUUGUACAAAGGCAUUCUGUUAAAAGCACUCUGUUUGAGUAUCGAGGUUAGUUGUCUUUAUGAUGGUUUCAGGUCAACAAUUCCAUUUUGUUAUUUGAAACAAACGAUACCAAUUUCAAUUUUUUUUAACGUGUUCCUGAAAAUUAACUUGCAUGUAAGCCUCUUUUUGAAUAUCAUUUUUCCCCAACCUGGUUUCUUCAUUUUAGAUUCAAAACUGAACGUGCACGUAAUGAAUUGACUACUUGAAUAAAUCUGUCACAAACAGAAACAUA